AUGUCUGGCCGUGGUAAGGGAGGCAAAGGCCUUGGAAAAGGCGGCGCCAAACGACACCGUAAGGUGUUGCGUGAUAACAUCCAGGGUAUUACCAAACCAGCCAUCCGCCGUCUGGCUCGGCGUGGUGGCGUCAAGCGCAUCUCAGGACUCAUUUAUGAGGAGACUCGCGGAGUGCUCAAAGUCUUUCUAGAAAAUGUGAUCCGUGAUGCCGUGACUUACACCGAGCACGCCAAGCGCAAAACAGUCACCGCUAUGGAUGUGGUCUACGCGCUCAAACGCCAGGGGCGCACCCUCUACGGCUUCGGCGGCUAA